AUGCCAUCAAUAUUAACAUUAUUAGAAUCACUUGGUCAUAAUCAAAAACGUCGUGAGGAAGUGGAAGUUGGUCGUGAUCGGACAGUAAAUGUACUUGGCAUGCCAGUUGGGCGAAAAGAUGGCAUUUCAUUGGCUCCGUUGAGAGGUCUUAGCGUCGGUAAUGAGGAUAUAUUUGGUCCAAUUGCUAUCAACAAUAAAUACAAUAUCAAUUGGGGAUUUUUCAGUGAUCUCAGCAAAAUGUUCAAUAAAUCUACGUAA